AUGCUUCCGCCAAGUUCCCCGCUCGCUCACUCUCAUCCUCUAAUACUAUUUUAUAGGUUCGUGGAGAAUCAGCCACAUGACGACGUUAAUGACUCGAGUAAUCUUGGCUACGGUUUUGCAGUUGCUGCCUCUGUCGGGGUCAUGUACGAUUGGGUGCUUACGUUUGGACAAGAGGUCGAACUGAUCUGGAGACAACGCUGGUCCUUAAUGACCGUUCUCUACCUCGGUGUGCGCUAUGGUGGAAUAGGAUUUUCUGUGAUGUACAUGCUGGGCCUUGUCGUUUACGACGCACUUAAUUGGACAAAUGACGUUGUAGAGGUAAUACUGGGCGUCAUCAUGAUUGCUCGGUUACAUGCCAUGUAUCAGCGAUCCAGGAAGGUACUGAUAUUUCUCGUUGUCAGCUUGCUGGCCAUCACAAUCGCCAACGCAGUGAUGGGCGUAAUAAUGAUGUUACGUAUUUCAGGGGAGGAAUACAUUCUCUCCGGCACCUAUCAGUGCAGUAUUGGCUACGCGGGAGAUUCCAUAUUUCUGGGUUCCAUGACUUGGAUACUUGGGACUGUAUGGGAGGUCCUCGCACUGUGCCUCGCGGUGUGGAUUGCUAUAAAACACUUCCGUGAAUUGCGACGACACUCAACAAGUGGCAUUAUCAGGGACUGUUUCACGGUGUUGAUGCAAACUCAUGUGAGUUACUUUGCAAGUUUUUUGGUUAUCUCGUGCUUCGAGAUCGGUUUAUUCUCUCCAACGCUCUCAGCGGACGUAUUGUCCCUGGACACUCAGAUUUAUAUUGGUCUCCGUCAGAUAUUCCAGGUCGUGCAGAUGUUUGUGCUGGGACCACGCCUGAUCCUCGGUGUUCGAGAAUAUCACGCUAAGCUCGUGGCCAACUCUGAUACAGCAUCCGCUAUGUCUUCAGUUGCUUUCCAGGAGCAAGUCCAUGUGUCAACCAGCAAUAGUGUAUAG